UAUACCGGCUAGCAACUGCCUUCGUCCGUUCAGCAAGCCCGGAGAAGGUAGCAGCUCCUUCCUUGUUUCCAAAAAGGUCUGAAGGUCCAGGUUUGGAAAGAGAACUACUGCUUUCAGGACACGAUUACAAGUUGCCUGAAUGUUGAGAGCUCUAACUUUUUCGUGUAUGUUCUGCCAGCAGUAGGAGAGUGGAGGAGAAGCCUGAAAGCUGGAAAUGGCCGCAGCUGGGAAUGACCGCUCUUUCCAUGUUUGUUCCCCCUACGCACAGCAGAAGUACAGCAACAUCUCCUGUUUCUGGGAAAAACAACCAUCAGGCUGCUUGAGGAUCAGUUGCGCCUUCCAUCAUAGCAAACCUCGCAGCAUAAAUGGACUUUUUUUGCCGCCGAGUAACAAUGCCCCAUUGCAACAAGGUGUCCAAGAAGGGAUUCCGCACCCAGCCCAUGGUCAAGAGUCACUCAGAAAUCAAAAGAAUAUUUUACGACCAAUUCACCCUCCACUGACUAUACACCUCAACGAUGAAGACGACGAUGAGGACGAUGAUGAAGAGGAGGAGAACGGUGCUCCUGACUGGGUGCCUCAGACUGCUGCAGACCUUGAAGAGGAAAGAGCAAUAAAGGAAAUAUGCUAUCAAUCUGGAGAGUAUUACGGGAUUCAGUACCCUCAGGAACACCAAUCAACAAAAACUGUGUCUUCACCUCGGGAAAACGAGCUACUACCCUGGGAAGCUACCGAGCGAGACUUGCAGGCAGGCGACGGUGAUACAAUUCCUACAACAUUUAAGAAUGCAAAAGGAGAAGGAGAGAGCUCAGGAACGACAGUACCAGCAGAGACCAUUCCCAGAACAGAUCGUGGAUCCUUUGAAAACGGAGCCGGCAGCUAA